GACUACUCACAUUUGAAAGUCACACCUACUUUGACUGAAGCUCACCAACGUAAUCUUACCAUAGAGAAUUCUGUCAUACAUAUAAAUGUAAGUAACACAAGUCCUUCAUGUCCACUUUUCAGCCCUGGCACAUACUGAAUUUUUAUCUGUACUGAGUAUUUGAAUUGGUGAAUGGAGUUACUUUUUAUUCUUUUAAAUGUGGUGAUGGCCACCAUUAAUUUUUCAGGGACAAAUGCGACUUGUAGUCUUCAGGGGGAGUCAGCAUUCCCACGACUAUCAAAGGAUGGCGAUAUCAUAGUUGGAGGAAUUUUUCCUUUGCACAGCAGAUGGGAGAUGCCAGACUUAUCAUAUGUGGUCAAACCACUUCCAAUGAAAUGCAACAGUCUUAAUUUCAAAGCCUUCCAGUAUUCACAGUCAUUGAUCUACGCAAUAGAGGAGAUCAACAACAGCUCCUCUAUACUGCCUGGUGUCUCUUUGGGCUACAGGAUCUAUGACAGCUGCACCUCUGUUGCAAUUGGGGUUAGAAUGGCCAUGGCACUUGUUAAUGGAAAUGAACAGACAGUUUUGGAUGAGCCCUGUUCAAAACCAGCCCAGGUGCAGGCCAUAAUUGGAGAGACAUAUUCAUCAGUGUCAAUGGCUAUUGCAAGCACUAUCGGACCUUUCAGCAUUUCCAUUAUCAGUUACUAUGCUACCUGUGAGUGCCUCAGUGACAAGAGGAAAUAUCCCUCAUUUUUGCGCACUAUUCCCAGUGACUACCAUCAGACCAGAGCACUGGCAGAGAUGGUCAAGCACUUUGGCUGGACAUGGGUGGGAGCAAUAAGAAGAGAUGAUGAUUAUGGUAACAGUGGAAUGGCUGCAUUUAUUAAAGCUGCAGAAGGGUUGGGAAUAUGCUUAGAAUAUUCCAUUCCAUUCUUCAGAACCUACUCACAAGAAAAGGUUCUGAGGAUUGUUGAGCAGAUUAAAAGCUCCACUUCUCGAGUGAUUGUGGGAUUUAUUGACAACUGGGACAUGGAGACGCUUUUACAUGUGUUUCAUGAGCACAAUAUCACUGGAUACCAGUGGGUGGGAACUGAGGCCUGGAUAUUUGAUACAGAAUUGGCAGCAACAGAUGCUAGAUACAACCUACUGCAAGGAGCUAUUGGCCUAGCCAUCCCUAAAACAACAGUAACCGGUCUGAAAGACUUCAUUCUGGAUAUACAUCCACUGAAAUCUGUAGGAAGUGGCAUAUUUACAGAAUUCUGGGAAGCUCUGUUUCAGUGUACAUAUACAAAACAGAAUGAAUCUGAAAAUACACCAGUGUGCACAGGAGAAGAGAAAGUGUCUGACUUGGAAAAUACAUUUACAGACAUGACACUAAUGCCAAUUUUCAGUAAUGUGUAUAAAGGAGUGUAUGCUAUUGCUCAUGCCCUUCACAACCUUCUGGGCUGUACACAGACAUGCCCCACAAAGAAGCAGCCUGAUCCUUUCACUUUUCUAGAACAUCUCAAAAGGGUGCGUUUCAAAACCAAAGAAGGUGAAGAAGUUUUUUUUGAUGAAAAUGGUGAUCCUCCUGCAAAAUAUGAAAUUAUAAACUGGCAUACAAAUCAAGAACACCAGCAUGAGUUUGUCACUGUUGGACUUUAUGACUCCUCUUUUCCUCCUCAUGAUCGAUUAGCAGUAAACAUGGCUUCUAUUGUUUGGGCACAAAAUAAAAAACAGGUGCCGAGAUCAGUGUGCAGUGAGAGCUGUCCUCCAGGCACCAGGAAAGCUGUACAGAAAGGAAAGCCGAUCUGCUGCUUUGACUGCAUACCAUGUGCAGAAGGAGAGAUCAGUAACAUGACAGAUUCAAUUGAAUGUGAACAAUGCUAUCAGGACUACUGGUCAAAUCCACACAGGGAUAAGUGUGUGAAGAAAAAAAUCGAAUACCUGUCCUUUGAGGAAACUAUGGGAAUUUUGUUAACAGCUGUUUCUAUUACUGGUGCCUUUUUGACAAUGGUAACAGCAAUUAUAUUUUUAAGAUUUAAAAAUACCCCAAUAGUCAAAGCCAACAACUCGGAACUGAGCUUCCUGCUGCUCUUCUCACUGAAUCUAUGUUUCCUCUGUUCACUUACUUUCAUCGGUCAGCCCUCUGAGUGGUCCUGUAUGCUGCGUCACACAGCGUUUGGGAUCACCUUCGUCCUCUGCAUCUCCUGUGUUCUGGGGAAAACAAUAGUGGUGUUAAUGGCCUUCAGAGCUACACUUCCAGGCAGUAAUACUAUGAAAUGGUUUGGGCCUCCACAGCAGAGACUCAGUGUUCUUGCCUUCACUCUCAUACAGGUCCUUAUUUGUAUGAGUUGGUUGAUUAUAUCACCACCAUUUCCAGACAAAAAUCUAAAGACCUAUAAGGAAAAGAUCAUUUUAGAAUGUCACUUGGGGUCACCCAUAGGUUUCUGGGCUGUGCUGGGUUAUAUUGGACUUUUGGCUCUUUUGUGUUUUGUUUUAGCUUUUCUGGCUCGGAAGCUUCCUGAUAACUUUAAUGAAGCCAAAUUCAUCACAUUCAGCAUGCUCAUAUUCUGUGCAGUCUGGAUCACUUUUAUUCCAGCUUAUGUCAGCUCUCCUGGAAAAUUCACUGUAGCUGUGGAGAUAUUUGCUAUUCUGGCCUCAAGCUUUGGAUUACUUUUCUGUAUUUUUCUACCAAAAUGUUACAUAAUCAUAUUGAAACCAGAGAAAAACACCAAAAAACAAAUGAUGGGAAAGGUAGCCGCUAAGUGACACACUUUUAAACACUCUUACUAUGGCCCUAUGUAUAGCAUAUUAUCCUUCCAAAUGUAACUUAACGUUUUAGAUGUUCUUUCAUAAUAAAUGUUCAAAAGAAUGUGGGGGUGUUUUUAUUUUUGCCUUAACCAUCAAGUUGGUUAUUAAAAAAAUUAAAAAAUCUCUGAACUUUACUCAAAACUAAGAUCUUAUAUCAUCUUAGAAUGUAAGGUGUGUUAAACUCCUCAAUUCCUCAUAACCCGCAGUGGCUCCUUUGCACUGCUUUGCACAAUUUGCACUGCUUUGAAUGCAUAUACCUAUUAGUGAUAUUUAGGGCAGCGAUGGGCAAUUUCAGUCUUGGAGGCCAGAUUUCUGCACAGUUCUGUGCUUUCACUCCUCAAGCACACCUGGUUUAAAUCAUAUAACCAAGUUUAGUAAGUCAGUUAGCACAGAUGAAUCAG